AUGGAAACUGUUUCCCCGGGCCAGAAAGAUGAGUCUCAGCUCAAUGUCACUCCGACACGCGACCGUGCCCGGUCCAGCACAGGUGGAGCCGAAGCGCAUUGCGGGGGAAGCUGUCGCUUGGAGGAGCCACCGCUGCCGCCGUCCCAGACAGUGCGCACUCUGCAUGAUGGGCUGGCUCCCACCCGGGACCGUUCGAGCUGGAAGAGACGCCCUGGGGUCGGGGCUGGGCUUCGGAACCUGGGGAACACAUGCUACGUGAACGCAGCCCUGCAGUGCUUGACUCACACCCCGCCCCUGGCCCGCUACCUGCUGUCCCGGCGGCACUCGGAGACCUGUCCGAGGCUGGCGCCCUGCGUCCUGUGUGCCAUGCAAGUGCACGUGGCGCGGGCCCUGCUGCGUCCUGCCGACGCGCUCCAGCCGCCUGAGGAGCUGCUCAGCGGCUUCCACAGACACCGGCAGGAAGACGCCCACGAGUAUCUCAUGUUCACCGUGAACGCCAUGCAGCAAGCCUGCCUGCGAGAGUGCGAGCAGCUGGCUGGGCCCUCCCCGGACGCCACCCUGAUCCGUCAGAUAUUUGGAGGGUACUGGAGAUCUCAGAUCAAGUGUCUCCACUGCCACAGCGUGUCUGACACCCUGGACCCGUACCUGGACAUCGCCCUGGACAUCCAGGGGGCUCAGAGUGUGACCCAAGCCUUGGAACUGCUGGUGACGCCCGAAAAGCUGGAUGGUGACAAUUCCUAUCAGUGCAGCGUUUGCCUCAAGAAGGUGCCUGCUUCCAAGACCUUGACUUUGCACACAGCCUCGAAGGUCCUUAUCCUGGCGUUGAAACGGUUCUCCGAUUUCACUGGCAGAAAGAUGGAGAAGGACGUGCACUAUCCCGAGCACCUGGAUGUGGGACCGUACCUGUCUCAGCUGAACACGGGGCCCCUUGUGUACGAGCUCUACGCCGUGCUGGUCCACACGGGGUGGACCUGUCACAAUGGCCAUUACUUCUGCUACGUCAAAGCUGCAGACAGCCAGUGGUUCACCAUGAAUGACACUAAAGUAACCGCCUGUGAUGCUUCUUCUGCCCUGUGCCAACGUGCGUAUGUCCUCUUUUACAUCCAGAAGAGUGAUUUGGAAAGAGACGGUGGGAGUGCGUCUAUAGGCCUUGGGACAGAGCCUAAGGUCCUGGGAUCAACCCAGCGGCGGCCUGGGAGUCACUCCAACAUCACAGGUCUUGAGUUGGAGGGCCCCACGCAAGACACGUCUGUCAAACACAUCUCCUUAGAGCAGUGGAAGCUGCUCCAGGAGCAAUCCCGACCAAUGCCGGCCUUCAACGUCAGGAAGGUCUCAGGCGCCCUGCCAGCCGACGCCAUUGUGAUUCACCCGUCCAAGUAUGGAGGGGGCGUGACCAAGCUUCCUCCGGGACAGGAAAACUGCCUGCUCAACAAGGCGCCUGCGGGGAAAGCCAAGGCUGGCAAGAGAAGGAAGAAGGGCCCGAGGGCCCUGCGUAUGUCCCUGUGA